UUUCAACCACUAUCAAAUAAUUUUAAGUAGAAUAGUUUGAGUAGAACAACAAAACGUACCUAACAAUUGGCAACACUGCGAGUAGUUUAACUGAACUAGAAAUAAAAUGUCAAAAUAAAUAAUACAAAUCCAUUUUAUUUACAAUAUUAUUAACUAUGACAGAUGGAGUUAAUAAAUUUAUUGAAAAUGAAUUAGGGGAUGCUUGGGAUAGUUUUCAUAAUUGGUUGUAUUGCAUCUGUGUUGUAACAUUUGACUUAGAAUUGGGGCAAGCUCUUGAGAGUAUUUACCCUCGACAUGUUACCCUUACAAAAGAAGAAAUAUCUAACGUGUGUUAUUUGGCUUUUCCUGACUCAAACUCUGGUUGCAUGGGGGACACUAAUUUUAUAAUUAGAUUACAGAACAAUCAGGGUACAAGAAAUCUCAAAAGUGAAUAUAAACAUUACAAUUCCAAAUGUCCCACUGCCUUGCAAGUCGACGGUUCUUAUUAUUGGGGUUACGUUUAUUUUAGACAAGUUAAAGAUAUCUCAUUGCCUCGUGGUUACUUCCAAAAGAGUGUUGUGAUGCUUUCAUUUUUACCAUUCAAUAAUUUGUUCAGUAAAAUAUGCAGUUACAUUGCUCCUGAAUACUUUGAAAAUGGUGAAGUUACAUUGGAAGCGGUAUGUUAUAAUAUUGAAAGAUGGCCUCGACCUAUGCCUGGAGCUACUCUUAAUUUACCAUUGUUAGGCUCCGUUUUCCAGACCUUCAUACCCCUAGCUACUAGUUCAAAUUCAACUUUGGCCUUAUUAAGCGAACCUGGAGAUAACCAAAUUCAAACUCACGUUGAAGACCUGAAUUUAUUCGAAAUUCUCCAGCCUGUUUUGUCCCACAUACAUUUAUUAUGGGAGUUAGUGAUUGUUUGUGAGCCGAUCGUAGUGCUAGCUUCGUCACCUACUCACUGUUCAUCAAUGGUGUUAGCGUUGACAAGGCUAAUUUGUCCAUUGCAAUUUUGUGGUGAUUAUCGUCCAUACUUUACAAUUCAUGACAGCGAAUUCAAGCAAUUUACGAGUAAGGCGCAAGGCCCUCCACCUGUGAUACUGGGUGUUACGAAUCCGUUUUUUGGUAAAACUUUACACCAUUGGCCGCAUACGAUUCGUUUAAGCGAUGAUUUGACCCAUUCUCAAAAAUAUAAACUGAAAAAGACAGCCCCGACUCGAAUGAUCGAUAACACGCCUGGUAUUUACACAGCUUACAAACCCUUUUUACACAAAGAUAAAAACAUCAUUAAGAAGUUGCUGAGCGGUGUUAAUUCUAAAAGACCUUAUGAAGUACAGACUGCAAUCCUGAGAAGACAUUUACUGGAACUCACUCAGAGUUUCAUGAUUCCUUUGGAGAGGUACAUUGCUAGUUUGAUGCCCCUUCAAAGGAGCAUAUCUCCAUUUAAGGCUCCCCCGUCUCCUUUGCCUUUCAAUCCUGAUCAUUUUUUUGCCACACUAGAUUCCGCAGGACCUCAAUUAACCUUAAACAAUACAGGAAUUAAGGGCGAUUGGACUGGGUUGUACAGAAAAUUCUUCAGGUCUCCUAAUUUUAAGGCAUGGUUUAAUGCUAGGUACUCAGACUUGACCCUAAAAUUGCAAGCCCUCCAAACAGAAGCCUUAUCUAAUGCUGAUUUGAAAGAUUGGGUGCAAGGACGUCCAGAAGUUGAAGUUGUUGAUAUGGUCUUAAGGUUGCGUAAUAAGAUAACUAAAUGCGAACAACAUGAUAUACCAGUGCAUGACUCCAUUAAAGAAAAAUUGAAUCAUCGACUUGACGAAAUUGUUACAGCUCUUCCCGAUGAUUUGAAGAAUAUUUUACAGGUUUCAUGAUAUCUGCUGAAUUCAACGAAACAGCUCGAUAUUUGGUUAAUAUGACUUCUAUCUGCAUUUAAUUAGAAGGUUGUUGCGUAUCUGUCCCAUAGUUAAUAUUAUUGCGAUUAUUUAGUUAUACAUUUUACAUUUAUAUCAUUCGAAAUAUAUUUUAUAGAGUAUAUUGCAGGUGUAAAUACCUACUAAAUGUUUUAUUGCAAGCUAAAGGAAUUAAAGUUCGUAUGUUUCUGUAAACAAUUAAAUUAAUUGAUAAUUAUUUUUUAUAUUAGGAAUAAAAACGAAGUACCUUGUUGUUACUGACGUUUUAUAUUUUAAAUACUGUGUCAACAAUAUUUGCUCAUUAUAAACAGUGUUUCUAAUAUUUCGAGAUCUUUACAUUAACUGC